UCAGUUUAUAAAAUUAUGUAAUCUACUUUCUAUUUCUUUUUUCACAACACCCAAAAUAUUUCAUAGAAACCAGGUUUCUUUAGUGCUCUCUAAUACCUUACGGUUCAAUUUUGAAGGUACGUCUAGUGAUAUCAAAUUUUUAUCGCCUAAAACAAGACUAUUUAUUUUCCAAUUUCGUUCUUCGUACGUCUUUCGGUGUAUUAUAUAGAAUUAAUUUCAAACGUUUACUAAUACAUUUUCAAAGUAAUAUUUUUGAAUUUCGAUAUAUUAUAUAUUUAUACAGAAUUGUAAAUAAGAUUAUUUUAAAUCAUGGAAGUAUCAGAAAAUAUCGUUGUAAACAAUUCUGUUGGUGAUACGUCAACCAAAAAAUUGAGUCCAUGGGGAAAAAGCCCUGCUGUGGCUCCAUGUUCCUUGGCUUCUGUUAUGGACGAGGAAAUCGCUAAAGAACUCCAGGCUAAAGAAGACUGCUUGGCUGGAUAUCAUCUUCAAGGAGACAAAGCUUCAUCUGCAAACACGUUUGAAGGGGGAACAAGUCCAGACACUGAGAAUGAUUUUCUCCUGGCCCAGAUGAUGCAACUUGAGUAUGAUAAAGAGUAUGAUCGCACAAUUGAUUCCAUGGAAAAGAGAUACAAUGGGGAAAGUAAAGUGUCUGUCUCCUUUGACAAUUUCCGCAAUGUCCAUCCAAUCUUGAAGGAAGAUUCCAGCUCUUCAGAUUCAGAAGAGUGGAAUGCAGAGGAACUUGAUCCUCCACAUAGACAUCCCAAGCCUCAAACUAAGCAAUCUUCAGGGAAUAAAAAGGAGAUAAUCACCAAACAUGAUUCAACUGUGUGUGGUCGUCGUAAUGUAAAGAUUAUGGAAAAGUUUCCACCAAGUUUUGCUGCUGGUGAUAUUGGCAGUGCAGGACUGGAUCUCAAGCUCUCUAAUGGAGUGUUCAACACUUUGAAGCAACAUUCUUACCGCGAAGAACGACAGAGUGCACGCCUCCAUGAAAAGAAGGAACACUCAACACAUGAGCAAGUUUUAGAUCCGAAGACCAGGCUAAUGUUGUACAAACUGGUGAAUGGAGAAGUUCUGGAAGCUGUUAAUGGUUGCAUUAGCACAGGAAAAGAGGCAUGUGUAUUUCAUGCCAAUGGAGGAAGGAGAGAGGGGGAACCAAUGCCAGAAGAAUGCGCUGUCAAAGUGUUCAAAACAACUCUGAAUGAAUUCAAGACAAGGGAUCGCUACAUCAAAGAUGAUCAUCGCUUUAAAGAUCGCUUCAGUAAGCAGAAUCCCAGGAAGAUUAUCAGGCUAUGGGCAGAGAAGGAAAUGUGCAAUUUGAGCAGAAUGAAGAAAGCUGGUAUUCCAUGUCCAACAGUGGCACUCCUGAAGAAACAUAUACUAAUCAUGAGUUUUAUUGGCAAGAAUCAACAACCUGCACCAAAACUGAAAGAUGCUGUUCUAUCUCCACGCCAAUUACAACAGGCUUACCAACAGUGUGUUCAAAUGAUGUGUACAAUGUACCAGAAAUGCAAACUGAUUCAUGCUGAUUUGAGUGAAUACAACAUGUUGUGGCAUGAAGACAAAGUCUGGUUUAUUGAUGUCAGUCAGUCAGUGGAACCGAUGCACCCCCAUGCCUUGGAGUUCCUCUACAGAGACUGCACAAAUGUUGUUGAGUUCUUCACCAAGUGCAGAGUUCCAGAUGUUUUGUUAGCUCAUGACUUGUUCAAUGAGGUCACGCAAUUGGCCAUCUCACUGAGCCCAGAACAAGGUUUUCUGUCCCAGGUUCAAGCUUAUGAGAAACAUGAACUUUCUGUUGGAGGGAGAAAGAAUGAAGAGCCUUAUGACUUUGAUUACUUCUUUAACAAGACAAGCACACAGUUGCAAUGAUUGGUUUUGGAGAUUACUCUCAGACUCUUCCAAUACAGUUAUGAUAAUUGUAUCUCAGAAAUCUCCACUUUUGUGGUAGAUAAAUAUACUGUGGGGUACAGAUCUCUCUCAAACAAAGCUAGGUAUAUUAUCAGUCUGCACUUGUUAGAACAUUGAGCAUGUCCAGUUAAUGUGCUCAGACAGGGACAGGUAUCAAGAACUGUGUAAGAGAUACUCGUAUAUUAAAUUCAUAUCAAGAAUUCUUAGUGCCAAUAGUUUAAAAAUUAGCUUUUGUCUUGAAUUGCAGCAUGGCAUUCUAAUACUUAUCAGACUUCUAAUAGUUUGCUGACUUUCCACUAGAAAGCUUGGACUAUAAGAUGGAAAGAAUGAAAACUCAACAAAGGAUGUUACCUACUUUCUUAUGUAAAAUUUCAAUCCUGCACUAUAAGCUGCAAUUGAAGGCUAUUAAAGAAAGAUUUUCAAAAUUGAAUUA